AUCGACGCGAGCGGAGCUAGUUUUCACUCGGAGGUCAACACGAUAGUUUGCCUAAACAAUCAGCGUUUCCGAAUCAACUAAAAACUAUAUCUACUAAAUAUGGUUUACACCAAAGAACCCACUGUCUACCCCUACGAUAGUUUUAACGCGGAGGAGGAUGGUAUCGCUCUGAGAUCGGCGAUGAAGGGCUUUGGUACCGAUGAAGAUACCAUCAUUGAGAUCCUGGCCAACAGAUCAAAUGCCCAGCGCCAAAAGAUCGCCGACUAUUUUGCCAACGAUUUAAGCAGGGAUUUGAUCGAUGAUUUGAAGAGCGAACUUGGAGGUCAUUUUGAAGAUGUGAUCGUGGCUAUGGUGCGUCCACCAACCGAAUAUCUGUGCAAACAACUUAAGAAAGCCAUGGAGGGAAUGGGAACCAACGAGGAUACUUUGGUUGAAAUUAUUUGCUCUAAGGAUUCAAAAGAGAUUAAUGAUCUCGUGCAAGCGUAUGAAGAAAUGUACGACAGACCCUUGGCUGAACACCUCUGCGGUGAAACCUCCGGUGAAUUGCGUCGCCUUUUGACCUUCAUCGUUACAGGUACCCGAGACAUCAGCAACAAGGUGGAUUCGGCGUUGGCCCGAGAACAAGCCCAGCAACUCUUCGAAGCUGGCGAAGACAAAUUCGGUACUGACGAAAGUGUUUUUACGAAGAUUCUCGGCAAGGAAAACUUCAAUCAACUGCGUCAAAUAUUCGAAGAGUACAAAGAAGUUUCAGGCAACACCAUCGAGCAAGCUCUUCGCUCCGAAUUGGAUGGGGAUUUAUUGGAGGCCAUGCUUGCCAUAGUUGAAUGCGUCCAAAGUCCACCUGCGUUUUUCGCCAAGAGACUGUACAAAUCUGUGCAUGGUGCUGGCACCGAUGAUGACACUCUCAUCAGAAUUAUUGUGAGCCGCUCCGAAAUUGAUUUAGGUGCUAUUAAGACCGAAUUCGAGCGCAUUUAUGACAAGACACUGGAAAGUUACGUCAAGGAAUCAAUGCUGCAGGGCGAAACAUCCGGGGACUACAAGAAGGCGCUGCUGGCACUCAUCAAGUAAUUUUAGUUUAGAUCAUCUGACUUGGCUUAGAUUUUAGAAUACUCGUUUAUUGGUUGCAUUGUAUUAUGAACUAACAUUUUAUUACACAGUACAAAGCAUCAAUUCCAUAUUAUUUCAUUUUAGAGGUGCAUAUUUAUAUAAAUAUAUAUGUUAUGGGACGAA